AUGAGGUCCCCAUUCCUGCUCGCUGUUCUUCUCUGGCUCCAGAGUGUUUUGGCCGAGGAAGACCCAUGCCACUCCUGGGAAGGAAGCUCAGGAGAGGAGAGUGGAGGCCCACCCCCUAAAGUGAACAUCAGCAGCCAGGGAAGGCCUACUAGCCUCUUUUUGAGCUGGGUUGCCCCAGAGCCAGGUGGGUUCCACCAUGCCCUCCGCCUCACACGUCUGAGUCCUCUUGGCACUCCAGAAGGGCAGCAGCUCCAGGCCCUCACCAACACAUCCAGCUUCGAGUUCCAGGACCUUGUGCCAGGGAGUCGCUAUCAGCUGGAAAUGACUGCCCUGCGACCCUGUGGGCAGAAUGUCACCAUCACCCUCACUGCCCGCACCAUUCCAUCAGCUGUCCAUGGGCUGCAGCUCCAUAGCCCUGGGAGCCCAUACAGCCUGGAAGCCUCCUGGGGUGAAGCCCCUGGAGAGCAGGAUGGCUACCAACUUCUCCUUUACCACCUGGACUCCAAGACAUUGGCACAUAAUAUCUCCCUGCCUUCGGACACCCUGUCUCACAAUUUUGGUAACCUCUUGUCAGGUAGUGAGUAUGUUUUAGAAGUUAUCACCUGGGCUGGCAACCUCCAAGCAAAGACCAGUCUCCACCAAUGGACAGCCCCUGUGUCUCCAGAUCACCUGGUGCUGUAUACCCUGGGCACCAAUGCUGUGCAAGCCUCCUGGAAUGGCUCCGAGGGGGCUGCCUGGCUCCAACUUGUGCUCACAGACCUCCUAGGUGGCACCAACUUGACUGCAGGAGUCAGACGGGGGGUCUCCAAUCACACCUUCCUUCAUCUGUCUCCGGGCACCCCUUAUGAGCUGACUCUUACUGCUGUUGCUGGGCCCCAUCAGAUAGCAGGGCCCAAUGCCACUGAGUGGACCUAUCCCUCUGCCCCUUUCGACCUGGUAUUGACUCCCCUGUUCCCCAAGCUCUGGGCGAGCUGGAAGGUAGGGCCAGGUGCCCGGGAUGGCUUUCUGCUGAGGUUAAGUGGGCCAGUGGAGCAGAAUAUCACUCUGGGCCCUGAGGCCCUCAACACCACAUUCCCAGGGCCCAUGCCCAGCGGACACUAUGCUCUGGAGCUGAGGGUCCUGGCUGGACCCUAUGAUGCCUGGGUCCAGACUUGCGCCUGGUUGGAUGGUCCUGCAACUCUGCCCAGACCAGAAAAUGGCACCAAGUUGCAUCUGGAGGGGCUGGAAACAACCAGGGAGCUUGGGCAGCGGGCACUGCUCUAUGCUGAGGGUAGCCCAGGCUUCCUUGGAAACAUCUCCAUUCCACUUGGUGCCACUCACAUCACCUUUUGUGGUCUGGUGCCAGGGGCCCGCUACUGGGUGGACAUUGUUUCAUCUCUAGGAGUCAUCACUCAGAGCCUUGUGGGCUACACACAUCCCCUGGCACCACAAUCACUGGAAGUCAUCAAGAUGGGUAGCCCCUCUGAUCUGUCCAUUGGCUGGACCCCAGCAUCAGGGCAGCGGGAAGGCUAUAGGGUCAUGUGGCACCAGGAGGGCAGCCAGAGGUCACUGGGCAGCCUUAUUGACUUGGGUCCAGACAAAUCCAACCUGACCCUGAGGAGUCUGGUGCCCGGCUCCUGCUACAAUGUGUCUGUAUGGGCCUGGGCAGGGAACCUUAGCUCCAGCAUCCAGAGGACCUGCACCUGUACCUCCCCUGCUUCUCCUGCCAACUUGAGCCUGGGCCUUGUUACGCAGCCUCCUGCACUGAGGGCUUCCUGGAGUCCCCCUCCAGGGGGAAGGGAUGGCUUCCAGCUACGGCUUUAUUGCCUGAGACCCCUGACUCUGGAAAGUGAGGAGAUUCUGGCUCCGGAGGCCCAGAACUUCUCCUGGGCCCAGCUAUCCCCAGGCACUGAGUUCCUGGUGCAGCUGGCCACGCUGCGGGGGCCAGACCAGAGCAGCAGCACCAACGCCACAGGCUGGACGUGCCCCCUUGCCCCUCGUCUGGUAAAUGUGACCAAUGAAGGUCCCACCCAGCUCCGGGCAUCCUGGGUCCAUGCUCCUGGAGGCCGGGACAGCUACCAGGUGACCCUGUACCAGGCAGGCAUUUGGGUAGGCACCAGCAUCGUGGGAGCCGAGGUGGACAGCACAAGCUUUUUGGCCCUGAUGCCAGGCACUAAGUACGAGGUGGAGAUUGUCUCCCAGGCGGGUCCCCUUCACACCUCAGCAGCCAACACCUCUGGCUGGACCUCUCCACUCACGCCCAGUGAGUUGCUGGUGUCGAUGCAUGCAGGCACGGCCAUGGUCAACCUGGCCUGGGCCAGCAGCUCCUUGGGGGAAGGGGUAUGCCAUGCCCAACUCUCAGAGGCUGGACAUCUCUCCUGGGAACAGCCCCUGGUGCUAGGCCAAGCCCGCCUUGUCCUGAGAGGUCUGACACCAGGACAGCCCCUGACCCAGACGCUAUCCUCCUGGGGUGCGCUGACACCCACUUAAGGCUCUCCUUUGGUUCCCGCAGAGCCUGGCCCCGUGGAGGAUGUGCAGUGCCAGCCUGAGCCCACCCACCUAACUCUGAACUGGAUAGUGCCCACCGGGGAUGUGGGUACCUGUCUGGUGGUGGCAGAGCAGCUGGUAAUGGGAAAGAAUGCUCACCUCGUGUUCCAGGCCAACAUUUCCAAGGACGCAGUCCUGCUGCCCAACCUGGUGCCUGCCACUUCCUACCGCCUCAGCCUCACCGUGCUGGGCAGGAAUGGUCUGUGGAGCCAGACAGUCACCCUGGUGUGUGCCACGUCUGCUGAGGCCUGGCAUCCCCUAGAAUUAGCCCCAGCCCCCCAGCUGGAGCUUGGGACAGAACUGGGAGUGAUGAUCACACCAGGCAUGUUUGGCAAGGAUGAUGGGCAGAUCCAGUGGUACGGCAUCAUUGCCACCACCAACAUGUCACUGCCUUCGCCUUCCCAAAAAGUCAUCAGCCACACGUGGUACGACCACUACUAUAGGGGACAUGACUCCUACCUGGCUAUCCUGUUCCCCAACCCCUUCUACCCAGGACCCUGGGCUGUGCCGAGAUCCUGGACAGUGCCUAUGGGCAUAGAAGACUGUGGCCAAGUCCAGGAGAUAUGCAAUGGGCCACUCAAGUCAGGUUCUCCGUAUAGGUUCAGUGUUGUGGCCUUCACCAGGUACAGCCCUCCAGAGACCAUUAUUUCCUUCUCCGCCUUCUCAGAGCCCCAGGCCAGCGUCUCCCCAGCAGCAAUGCCCCUGUCUAUCGUGGUGGGCAUUGUGGUGGUCUGUGUCCUUAUCACCUGUGCCAUCCUGGGCCUGCUGUGUUGGAGGAGGGUGAAGGGACAGAGGGCACAGAAGAAUCAGUUUUCCCAAGAGCUGAUGGCUUACAACCUGCGGCGAACCCACCGGCCCAUCCCUAUCCACAUCUUCCAGCAGAGCUAUGAGGCUAAGAGUGCUCAUGCUCACCAGGCUUUCUUUCUGGAGUUCGAGGAGCUGAAGGAGGUGGGCAAGGAGCAGACCAGACUGGAGGCUGAACACCCCGCCAACACUGCCAAGAACCGUUACCCACAUGUGCUACCCUAUGACCACUCCAGGGUCAGGCUAACCCAGCUAGAAGGAGAUCCUCAUUCUGACUACAUCAACGCCAAUUUCAUCCCAGGCUACACCAACCCACAGGAAUUCAUUGCUACUCAGGGACCUCUCAAAAAAACGCUGGAGGAUUUUUGGCGGCUAGUGUGGGAGCAACAGGUCCACAUCAUUGUCAUGCUGACUGUGGGCAUGGAGAACGGGAGGGUGCUGUGUGAGCAUUACUGGCCAGCUGAUUCCACCCCUGUCACCCAUGGCCACAUCACCAUCCACCUCCUGACUGAGGAGCCCAAGGAUGAGUGGACCAAGCGAGAAUUCCAGCUGCAGCAUGUUGCCCAGCAACAGCAGCGGAGGGUGAAGCAACUACAGUUCACCACCUGGCCCGACCAUAGUGUCCCUGAGGCCCCCACCUCCUUGCUCACUUUUGUAAAACUGGUACAGGAGCAGGCGAGGGCUGCUCAGGGCGCUGGACCCAUCCUGGUACACUGCAGUGCGGGCGUGGGCCGGACAGGCACUUUUGUGGCCCUCUUGAGGCUGCUGCAGCAGCUGGAGAAAGAGCAGACGGUAGACGUGUUCCAUGCUGUGUAUGCACUCCGGCUGCACCGGCCUCUCAUGAUCCAGACCCCGAGCCAGUACAUCUUCCUGCACAGCUGCCUCCUGAACAAGAUUCUGGAAGAGCCCUCUGACAUGUCUGAGUCCCUGCCCAUCUCUGUAAUGAACUUUGCGGAGGCAUGCACCAAGAGGGCAGCCAAUGCCAAUGCUGGCUACUUGAAGGAGUACAAGGUCCUGCUGGAGGCCAUUAGGGACAAAGCUGGCUCUUCCACGCCCCCUUCUGGCUAUGAGAAGGACAGCGCAGCUCACCCUCAUCAUCUUCCCUCAGACUAUAGUUCUCCAGUGGCGGAGAGCCCCCCAGAUGACAUGCCGGAAGCCUGGCUCUUCCCUGGUGGGCCUUCUGGCCGUGAUCACGUGGUGUUGACUGGCCCUGCAAAGCCACAGGAGCUCUGGGAGCUGGUGUGGCAGCAUGGGGCUCGGGUGCUGGUCUCUCUGUGCCCACCUGAUGCCAUGGAAAAGCCACAGGAGUUCUGGCCAACGGAGAUACACCCCAUCAUCACAGACUUAGUGACUGUGCGCUGGAUGACUGAGAGCAAUACAACAGGCUGGCCUUUUACCCUCUUUAGGGUCACACAUGCGGAGAGUGGGAAGGAGAGGCAGGUGCGGCGAUUGCAGUUUCCAUACUGGGAGUCUGGGCAUGAGCUGCCCCCCAGCACUCUGCUGUCCUUCCUGGCUGCUGUGAGCAAGUGCUGCUCCCAGGGCAAGAGCAAGAAAGCAGGCACACUGCUCAGCCACUCCAGCAAGGGCGCACCCCACUUGGGCACCUUCCUGGCCAUGGAACAGCUGCUGCAGCAGGCAGGGGCUGAGUGCACUGUGGAUGUCUUUAACGUGGCCCUGCAGCAGUCGCAGGCUUGUGGCCUCAUGACCCCAACGCUGGAGCAGUAUAUCUACCUCUACAACUGUGUGAACAGUGUGCUGGUGGACAGGCUGCCCUGA